CUCUCCGGAAGUGCUGCGCUUGGUUUAGAGAGAGGGAUUUGUGCACUGCUUGAUUUCGCUUCUUUAAACGCAUUGUAUUAGAUUUCAGGAGCGACUGGCUAGUCAGACUUCAUUUCGUCCAUGUUAUAAACCCUGCAGUGUUUUUUUUUUGCUUCGUGAAAACUGUCGGUAUCUCAAAAACAGUUAGCAAAUUAGCAACCUAGCUAGCUCUGCACAAGGUGUGAGAAAUACAUUUUUGUGGUGGUUUCUUCGAGACACUUUGAACAGUGAAUGAUAUGUAGACUGAUAAAGAGGUGGGAAUAAACACUGUACUGCCCUAAAUAAAGGUCUGGUUGUCAUGGAGACUGAAGAGGCUGGGCUUUUUAAGGAUCCAGACUUUGCUGCUGAUGCCUCCGCCCUUUUCACAGACUACACCACACCCCUGUCCAGACUUGUAGGCAAGGUCACCUGGCUCCGUCCGCAGGAUAUCUGUAUGCAUCCACAACUGUUCCCUGAUAACCUUACUGAGGCCUACCCGAAACAAGGCAUUCUGGGAGACUGCUGGCUCCUGUGUGCGUGUACCAUGCUGCUAAAGAGCCGCCAUCUACUGGAACAGGUGAUGCCCUCAGGGCAGUGUGUAUGGGGGGACAGCCGUUACCGUGGUAAAUUUUGCUUCAGAUUCUGGCGUAACGGGCGUUGGAUGGAGGUUCAGGUGGACGAUCGGCUACCCUGUGUCAACAACACACCCUGCUUUUCCCGCUGCCACAGCCCUUCUGCAUUCUGGAUAGCAUUGUUGGAGAAAGCAUAUGCCAAGCUGCGUGGUUCAUAUGAGCAUCUCUGGGCAGGGCAGGUGUGUGAGGCCAUGGUGGAUUUAAGUGGGGGCGUGGCUGAGCGCUGGAGCUUGAAAAGGGCUGCUGACACGCCCACUGAGAAGCGCUUGUUUCCCAGGCUUUCAGAGGAGAUGAGAAAGUGCAGUUACAUCAGCUGUUGUGUACACAGCACCCCUACAGGUGCGCCUGAGCUGGGGCAGUUCCACGCUCUUAGUGUGAUAGAAUGGACAGAUGUGAAAACAAGUGAUGGAGAAGAAGUGCGGCUGUUGCGGAUAUGGAACCCAUGGGGGAGGAGGUGCUGGGGAGGAGCCUGGACCGAAAAAGGAGCCGGGUGGAGCUCUUUGGACCCCUCUUGCUCUGUGGAUCUGUUGGGCCGAACCCAGGAAGGGGAAUUCUGGGUAGAUGAGACUGAAUUCCAGCAGGAAUUUGAUGAAGUCACAGUAGGAUAUUCAAUCAGCAAGGAUAUGCACCUCCAGAGCAUCUACACAGGAUCCUUUCUAACUUACACACAGCAGAUAGGUGGCCGCUGGAUCAGAGGUCACUCUGCAGGAGGCUGUCGUAACAACAGUAGCUACAGCAGCAACCCUAAGUUCUGGUUGAAACUUGGAGAAGGAGGGGAGGUGCUGCUUUCACUGCUGCAGUGUGGACCACGAAAUGCCCAGCGGAGUUGCACAGAACGGCCACCAGGAGGCAGCGGCACUCCACAGCACCCACACUACCAAGCCAUAGCACUGCAUCUAUGGAAGGUGGACAAAAAGCACUUUAACCUGAAGCGGACGCUGAACUCUACGCCGUGUGCGUCCUCACACACACACGCGUAUGAGCGGGAGGUAUUGGUACACACUCAUUUGAGUGCUGGGUUCUAUCUGCUGGUGCCAAGUACCUUCCUACAGGGAGCAGAGGGACAGUUCCUGCUUCGAGUGCACUCAACCUGUGCCACCAGCCUCAGUGCAAUAAAGGUAAGCCUACAGCAGGAGUCUGUGGGUGGAGAGUGGGAGACAGUCAGCGUGUGUGGCCGAUGGAUGGCCGGCUCUACGGCUGGAGGGGGUCGGAACUUCCCCUCACAUGGACAGAACCCUCGUGUACCACUCACUGUCACGUAUGACCCAGGGGGCACUAACAUUAGGGUCACUCUGCUCCAGCACAGCCGAGAGAAUGACCUCCAUGCCAUUGGUUUCCAUAUUUAUGAGGUUCCUGAUGGGAAAGUGGACUCCAUGGUCAUCUCUGCUGCAGUGUGUCCAGUGGUGAGCUGUGUUCCUCACUCUCACUCUCAGGAGGUCAGUGUGCAGUGUAGACUGUCCCCUGCUGUUUAUACCAUCCUGCCCUCCACAUACCAGCCUGACCGCAGUGCAGAAUUCACGCUCACCAUCGCCAACAGGAUACACAGGAAAGUAAUGAGCAGCCAGGAGCGUUUGGGCCAGGUGGUUCAGGAGAUCUCCUAUGUUUCUGUGAUGGGGCUGUAGCUUGAGGGGGGGAUGUCUCUCCCCAUCCAAGGCUGACGUGGGUCUUUUUGGCCCUGGCUGGAGAUGAAAGCGAACCAUCUUUCUCCAAAAGCUGAAGGGGUGGAGGGCUUGGCUAGUGUGCUAACGUAGCCUUUAGCACAUCACAGUCUCGUCCAGUGGCCUGACUCUAAUGGAAGCCGACGGCGUCCAGCCCCGCUGCCUGACGGGAGCUAUUGAAGCUGCCGCCCCAGCCACGGCCUGUCCCACCAGAGCGAACAAAGACAUCACUCAGAGAGAGAGAGAGAGAGAGGGGCCGGCCUAGUGGUCGACCCAUACGGACCCAUUGUGCCAGCCAAGCCAUGGCACAGCUAAGCCAACUUUCAGAGACAGAGAGGGUAGGGGAGUGGGUCCUGCUCCAUGGCGGCUGAACAGAGGCACUUGGUUCUCUCUGAAGUGACCGACAGUGGCUGUAUUUUGGCUCGGCCCUCGGAAGCUGCUGGUCGGCCCGUUGGAGCGCGUGCUCCAGUGCGUGGCUCGAGCAGCCGUUAGCGCGCUCAGCGCUGAGCUAGUGACGAAGCCGGCGCGCUGCCGACGCACAAAGAGCCAUUGUGAGAGCAAAGUACUUGCCGCUGUGACCUCCUGUUUGCUGUGUGUGGAGAGCCAUGUAUUUGACUCUUUUUGGGGACCAGAUUAUCCUAGAAUGAUGUAAAACAUGACUGUUUUGACAUUGUGGGGACAUUUGGCUUGUCCUCACCAGGAAAACACUUUUUUUGCGAAAGGUUAGGUGUUGGCACAGCUGCAUUUAGCAGUGGUCAUACAAAAGUUGAUGAACAUACCCAAAAAGACCAGGCGGCAGACUUGUGUGUUUAUAUGUGCAACUCUUGUGUGCCUUCAAAUUGUCACUUGAGUAAAUCAGUGGACUGAAAAAAAAAACUUAUGUGGGCUGAAAUUAUUUCACGCUUUGACCCUGUAAUUUGAGUCCCAUUUACUUUUCAAACACUGUUAUG